AGUGACGCAGCCGGCGCGCGAUGACGCGACGCGCGGCGCGGUGCACGCUGGGAUAUUUAAGUCUUCUCCGCGGCGCGGAGCCGCGAUGUCUCCGGCGGCUGCGGCGGCUGGCGGAGGCGAGCGGCGGCGGCCGAUAGCGAGCGCCAGGGACGGCCGGGGCCGGAGCGGGGGCUGCGGUGGGUCGGCCGGGGCGGCACUCCUUGGCUUGUCGCUGUUCGGCCUCGUGCUGUACCUGGUGCCGGCGGCGGCGGCGCUGGCCUGGCUGGCCGUGGGGGCCACCGCGGCCUGGUGGGGACUGAGCCGCGAGCCCCGAGGUUCGCGCGCCCUCUCCUCUCUCGUUCGGAGCGCGCGGCGUCAGCGAGCACUGCACGCUUCGCCUCCGGCCAAGUCGGCGGUGAACGGAAGUCUCCUAGAGCCGCGGAGCCCGCUCGAAGGACCCGACCCGGCCGAACUGCUCCUCAUGGGCAGUUACCUGGGCAAGCCCGGCCCCCCGCAGCCUGUCCCCGCCCCGGCGGCCAGGGACCUGCCGGAGAGGCCUGGCCGCCGCUGCGCGUCCGCGCGCGCCGCGUCGCCAGCGCACUCGGCGCAUCGCGCUCACCACAUUCACCCUUCUCUCCCCACUCCUCUUCUCCGACCCUCGAGGAGGCCUUCCCACCGGGAUUGUGGGACUUUAUCAAACCGGUUUGUCAUAACACCUCGAAGACGAUACCCAAUCCAGCAGGCCCAAUAUUCCCUUCUGGGGGUACUUCCUACAGUGUGCUGGAAUGGUUAUCACAAGAAGACUGUGCUAUCUGCUCGUAAUUCCAAAAUGGUGUGCAGCCCAGUGACAGUGAGGAUUGCUCCUCCGGAUAGUAAAUUGGCUCGUUCGCCAAUACCAGAGCAGAUAAUCAACUCCACACUGUCCUCACCAUCAAAUAAUGCCCCAGACCCAUGUGCAAAGGAAACUGUACUGAGUGCCCUCAAGGAGAGAAAGAAAAGGACGGUGGAGGAAGAAGACCAAAUAUUUUUUGAUAGCCAGGAAAAUAAAAGAAGGCGCCAUGAUAGCAGUGGGAGUGGACAUUCGGCAUUUGAGCCCCUGGUGGCUAAUGGAGUUCCUGCUGCUUUUGUGCCUAAGCCUGGCUCUCUGAAAAGAGGUCUCAAUUCCCAGAGCUCAGAUGACCACUUGAAUAAGAGAUCCCGCACCUCUUCCAUGAGCUCCUUGACAAGCACGUACACAGGUGGCAUCCCUAGCUCCAGCCGCAAUGCCAUUACCAGUUCUUACAGUUCUUCUCGAGGUUUCUCUCAGCUUUGGAAGAGAAGCGGGCCCAGCUUGUCACCGUUCUCCAGCCCAGCCUCAUCCCGCUCGCAGACACCAGAGAGGCCAGCAAAGAAAAUAAGAGAGGACGAGCUUUCUCACCGCUCCAGUUCUUCAACUCCUUUGGCAACAGACAAGGAGGCCCAGGGAGAAAAGGCUGCAGAUACAACCACAUGGAAGGCGCAGAACUCGUGGAGCUCCCCUCCCACACCUGGCAGCUCUGGGCAGCGGAAGCGAAAGAUUCAGCUCCUACCCUCCCGGCGAGGGGCUCGGCUGACCCUGCCCCCACCUCCCCAGCUUGGCUACUCCAUCACUGCCGAAGAUCUAGAUUUGGAAAAAAGAGCUUCGCUGCGGUGGUUUAACAAGGCCUUGGAGGAUGGGACUGAUACGGCUUCUAACUCUGGCACCGAGAAGCCCCCUACUACUCAACCUUCUUUGACAUUUACCCUGCCAACUACUGGGACUGCCGCCUCCCCAGCUGCCCUCCCAGCCCCAAGCCCCAACCCGCUGCUGGAGAGCUUGAAGAAGAAGCAGAGUUCUGCAGGCCCACCCCCUUCCUUGGAAUCUGCUGGAGUGGCAACCACUGGGGCCCACACACCUCCGAAGACACCCAGCCUUCCGGCCCCUCUUGGGUCUUCACAGUCGGGACCCCUUCCGGGCACCUCCUCGGACUCCAAAUCCACAGCCGCUUUCUUAGGGCUGACCCCUGCUGCUUCCCCGAUCCCAGCCACUGACCCCACCAAGUCUCCUCCCGCUCCUCAGGCUGAGACAUCUGCCCCGUCUCCCACCCCAAAGCAAAGUCUUCUUUUGGGAAUGCUGAGCACCCCACCUGCCGACCCCCCUACCUCCGCGGCCCCUGCCGUGUCCUCGGCAUCUCCCAUGUUCAAGCCCAUCUUUCUGGCCCCACCAAAAAGCGAGAAUGAGGGCCCUUUGCCAUCCAGCCCACCCAAGGUCACCACCGUGACCCCUUCCGGCUCCGCCCUCCCUGCGCCUGCCAGCAGCCCCAAGCUCACUUUCGAGCCGAUCUUCGGCAGCAUCGGGCCCCCUACGUCUGUGCCCUCGUCGGUCCCCUUCUUCAGUCAGACGGCCGUUCCAGCCACUGCCACGAGCACUCCUCUUUUCACCGGCCAGGCCGGUGCCACCUCAGCCGUGGCUCCCACGAGUACAGCCAGCACGUCCACAGACUCUGCUUCGAAGCCCACGUUCAGCUUUGGUGUGAGCAGCGUGACCAGCACCACCACUUCUGCUGCCCAGCCUUUCCUCUUCGGGGCUCCCCCUGCCUCCGGUGCCAGCUUCACCCCGGCCGUGGGCUCCAUAUUCCAGUUCGGCAAGCCUCCUGCCGCGCCCGCCUCGACGACGGUCACGACCUUUGUCCAGUCCCUCCCCGGGGCUGCGCCGACGACCGCCAGCGGCGGCGGCACCACCGGCUUCGUCGGUUUCGGCGGCGGCGGCCUCAGCACCCCCGCCCCGGUCACCAGCAGCCAGCCGGCGCCGACCUUCACGAGCGCCGCCACCCCGGCGUUCCACAUUCCCUUCGGCUCGAGCACCAAGCCCCCCCUCUCUUCGUACCCGGGAGCCAACCCCCAGCCCACGUUCGGGGCCGCCGACGGGCAGCAGCAGGGCGCCGCCAAACCGGCCCUCGCCCCGAGCUUCGGCAGCUCUUUCGCUUUCGGGAACUCCGCGGCCACGGCCCCGGCUGCGACCCCAGCGCCCGGCCCGGCCCAGCCCGCCUUCGGCGGCGCCACGCAGUCCGGCUUCGGCGGUUUGAAGCCCGCGGCGUCCGCCUUCGGCGCCCCCGCCAGCACCCAGCCGGCCUUCGGCAGCGGCACGUCCGUGUUCUCCUUUGGGGCGGCCGCCGCCUCCGGCUUCGGAGCUACGCCCCAGACCACCAGCGGCGGGACCGGUAGCUCCGUGUUCGGCAGCACGACGCUGGCGCCUUUCACGUUCGGGGGCUCGGCCGGCCCGGCCGGCGGCGGGGGCUUUGGGAUCAACGCGGCCACCCCCGGCACCAGCUCUGCCUCUGGAGCGUUCAGCUUCGGCACGGGACAGAGCGGGACCGCUGGCGGCACGACCCCUUUCGGAGGCGGCUUGAGUCAGAGCACGUUGGGCGCACCCAGCCAGAGCACACCCUUUGCCUUCAGUGUGGCGAGCGCGCCCGAGAGCAAGCCCGUGUUCGGAGGCACUUCCACACCCACUUUUGGUCAGAACACCCCUGCCCCCGGGGUGGGCGCAUCGGGCAGUGGUCUCUCCUUUGGGGCAUCCUCAACACCCACCCAAGGCUUUGUUGGAGUCGGACCUUUCGGAUCGGCGGCCCCUUCAUUUUCCAUUGGUGCAGGAUCCAAGACCCCGGGGGCUCGGCAGCGACUGCAGGCCCGCAGGCAGCACACCCGCAAGAAAUAGCCUUUGUCCCCGUUCCAUAUCCCCCCCCCCACCCCCCUCCUUGCCCACAUCUGGACCUCAGCACCUGCUAGGAAGAGCCUCUGACCCUUCUAGUUCCAUAAAGCAACCUACCCCAGAUCUCUGGCUUCCGCCACCAGGGAGGCGGUGGCAGCCCCGGUGGCCGGUUCCUGCUCCUUGAGGAAGAAGCCCCUGGCCUCUCGAGGGAGGGGGCGUGGGGUGCGCAGGGCAGGAGCCUGAUGCCUUUACUUGAAUGGCUCCGUGGUGAGGCUGGAGAAAACUGAAGAAACAUCUGUACAUACUG